UUUGGAUCUGAGAUUUAGGAAGUGGACUGGAAGUUUAGAGCCGGACAGAAAAGGUCCGGCUUACCACCUGGCGCUGCGCAGCACUGCGGGUAUAAUGCUGUCGUGUCGGGAUGAAAGCUGGACCUGUCAGGCAUGAGGUUGUCGAUUACAUCUAUUUGAAGGACCUGUACUCUGACUGUGGUUAACUUCACCACUGACUUCAGUAGGAAUGUCCUACUGGUCUGUUGGCGUUUCCAAAGAAACUGGAAAACCUCCCAGCAACAUGGAGCAAGGAAACAGCACUGGGGAGGAAAUGGGAGCCAAGGCGUCCUCGGUGGAGGCCUCUGAUCCCAACUCCAGAAUCUCUUCAACCCUGGAGAACAUCAAAGCAGCUUAUGAUGGUGGUGAUGAGGAGACUGCCAGGGAGCUUAUUCAGCAGACCUGUUGUGUGGAAUGUUCCAGAGGCAUCCAUCCUGACGGAGUCCGUCUCCUGACUGUGGCCACUCAGCACUGUGAUAUAGCGAGUGUCUGUUACCUUCUAAAAGAAGCCCGUAUCCCUGUGCCUCAGGAGCUAUCUCUCUCCAAUCCGGCCGUCCUGGCAGCACAUUGUGGUUAUACCAACCUGCUCAAAGAACUGCUGAAUUCUAUACCUGGUGUGUGUCUGAAGAGAGACCUGGUGAACUGCCUGCUCGUAACAGCUUGUCAGCAGGGUCACCUGGAUGUGGUUCAUCUGCUGGUCCACAGCUAUAAUGCUCAUGUUAAAGACUUUGCCAUCCACAGUGAUGAGUUUGCUGUCCUCUGUGGGCUGCCGCUGUAUGCAGCUGCACAAGCAAGUAAUGAGGAGAUCGCUCACUUCCUGCUGGAAAAUGGUGCUGAAUUUUCAUCCUACACCUUGAUGGACUAUCCAGAUUUCAGCAAGCGUCUCCUGAGACAGAAACUUCACGAAACCUCUGGUGCGAAUGGAGUGGAGGGUCUCAGUGUGUUUUGGAGCGGUUUGCAGCUCCCGUAUUUGGAGCUGGACUGGUUCAUGGAUGUCUGCUCACAGAUUACCCACCUGGAUUUGUCCUCGAACAGCAUCAGUGCUCUACCCUCGGUGGUCCCCUGGGGUCUCAUGCACUUGAAAACUCUAGAUCUUUCUAACAAUACUCUUAAAGAACUACCAUUUGCCCAAAACUCCCAGGAUGUUAUCUGCUCCAGGUUACAAGUGGUGAAUCUCUCUCAGAACCAGCUAAAGAGUUUACCAACUGGACUUCUGCAUCUGAUCCACCUUCAGAAACUCUGUGCUGCCAAUAACCAGCUCAGCACCCUGUUUGACAUCCCUGCCACUGUGAACUGGAUUGGUCUCCGUAAGCUGGAGGAGUUGGAUGUUUCUGGUAAUUGUCUAAUCAGCCUUCUCACAUCAGUCAUGCACAGUUUAAAGUCCCUGCACUGCCUCGAUGUGAGCAGAAACAAAUUGAAAGCUUUCCCUGACCCCUGGGCCUGCCCACUGAAGAACUGCAAAGCUUCUUCCAAUGUAAUUGAGAAUCUUCCAAAUACCAUAUCCAUCUUCUGGAGGACUCAGCUGCAGGAGGUGGACUUCUCUGACAACUGCCUCAAAGAGCUUCCUUCCUAUAUCUUUGAACUAGAGGCUAUUGUCUCAUUAAAACUGUGUGGAAAUCUCAUUGAAACGCUUCCUGCUCCCAAUAAGUGGAAGUGCUCUAAGCUCAAGACUCUUGAUCUUUCCAGGAACCAGCUUGGCAGAACUGAAGAGGGGCCCAAAUCCAGGAGGCUAGCUUUCCUGACAACAUGGAACAGAAGGGAUCCAGACCCAGUGUGCCCCAUUGAGUUUCCUAUUGUUCUGCGGGAUUCCCUGGAAGUGCUUAUGUUGAACGAUAACCAACUGGAGUGUGUUCCCCAGUCACUGUGUCGUCUGCACAACCUCACUGAGCUGUAUCUCUCUAAUAAUCUUGGAAUCCGGGAGCUACCGGCAGAACUUGGACAACUUUCCAACCUGUGGCAGCUGGACAUUGAAAACCUCAACAUUAAUAAUAUUCCACAGGCAGUAAGAAACGAAGGCCCUGCCUCUGUCCUGGCAUUCCUUCGGGCGCAGCUUCGAAAGGCAGAGCCCUGCAGACUGCUGAAGAUGCUUGUGGUCGGGCCGCCAAGGCAGGGGAAGUCAGCCCUUGCAGAGGCUCUACUUACGGGCAAGGCAUCUCCCUUCACCCCUUCAGAAUGCAGCAUCUCCACCUUCAGUUGGGAGCUUGAAAAACCCAAUGCAGGCAAAAAUAAUAAAGAGUCAAUAAUGUUCAACGUGUGGGAUAUUGGUGGUCCGGCUUGCAUGACCACUGUGAACCAGUGUUUCUUCACCGAUAAGUCGCUGUAUGUGGUUAUCUGGAACCUUGCUCUGGGAGAGGAGGCUGUGGCCAACCUGCAGACAUGGCUUCUCAACAUAGAGGCGAGAGCACCCAACUCUGCCGUGGUGGUUGUGGGAACUCAUUUGGAUCUCAUUGAUACCAAGUUUCGCACAGAAAGGCUGGCAACACUGAGAGCUUAUGUUCUUGCACUGUGUCGAUCCCCAUCUGGAGCACGAGCUGCGGGUUACUCCGACAUCACCUUCAAACACCUGCACGAAGUGUCGUGUAAGACCUUGGAGGGUUUUGAUGGUCUGAAGAUGCUAAUCUACCAAGUGGCUCUCUCCAUGAAGGACAGCAGCAACUCAGCCUGUGGUAGUAAGAUGCUGGGCAGACUGAUUCCAAGGAGCUAUGUCAUCCUACAGGAGGCAGUGAUAGCAGAGAAAAAGAUGAGAAGCACUAAAAGAGAGGUCCAGUACCUGACUGAUGCUCAGUUACUCAGCAUCAUUGAACAGAACCCAGAAAGUGACAUCAGAGAUUAUGAGGACCUGCAAACUGCCAUCAGUUUCUUGAUUGAAACUGGAAACCUGCUGCACUUCCCAGACACCAGCCAUGGCCUAUGCACUCUGUACUUCCUGUGUCCUGUGUGGCUGUCAGACUGCUUAGAGAGGAUCGUACAUCUGAACUCUUGUCACCCUGUACCCAGGAAUGGAGUGAUCCAAGCUGAAGACCUUAGGAAGCUGUUGGUAGGAACAGGGUUCACCCAGGAAACAGAGGAGCAGUAUUUCCAGUUUUUGGCAAAGUUUGAGAUAGCUCUGCCUGUUGCCAACAACAGCUAUUUGCUGCCACACCUCCUUCCUCCAAAGCCAGCCAUGGAUAUCCACAACUUCCACCAGCACACCAACAACACCCUGCAGCGACUUUUUAAGAUGAGCUUUAUUCCUGCUGGAUUUUGGGAGCGCUUUAUUGCCAGGAUGCUCAUAAGCCUCACAGAGAUGGACCUUCAGUCAUUUGAUCCACUCAAAAAAAGGAGCCAGAAUCGCAGAAAUUCACUGAUCUACAGCUUUGCUGGAAGCCAGAGGAGGAACCGAUGCAGCACCUUCAGAGUCCGACGCAGCCAGACUAUCUACUGGAAGGAGGGGCUUCUGGUUACUUUUGACGGAGGUUACCUCAGUGUGGAGUCAUCGGAUCUUAACUGGAAGAAGAUGAAGAGUGGGGGCAUAAAGAUCAUCUGUCAGUCCGACAUUAGAGAUUUCUCUGCCAUGGCCUUCAUCACAGACCAUGUCAACUCUCUGAUUGAGCAGUGGUUUCCUGCUUUGAUAUCCCCUCAGAGCGAUGGCAGCCUCCUCGUUGAGCAGUAUGUGCCCUGUUCUCUCUGUGUCCCAUGGGAGCAGCAGCAGCAAAAACAUGCAGAAGAUGGCAUAAGAAGAGAAGCAGAGGUUCAUUACUUCAACAUGGAGGACUGUGUGCUGGCUGCUGUGGAAAAAGAGCACAUUAUCUGUCCUCAGCAUCCUGAUCAACCUGUCCCCCUACAAGAGCUGGUGCCAGAACUCUUUAUGACCGACUUCCCGUCACGGCUGUUUUUGGAGAAUGCUCAGCUGGAGCUCUCUGAGGAGGAACAGAACAUUCUUGGUCAGGGUGGCAGUGGGACUGUCAUCUACAGAGCAAGAUAUAAAGACCAACCUGUUGCCGUGAAACAUUUUCACUUUAAGAGAUGUCGACAGCUGACGGUCGCCAGUAAUGCAGAUACCAUGAUAAAGCACCUGCAGUUUGUAAAUGCAUGUCGCAGCUUCUCAGAAUUUCGUCAGGAGGCCAGUAUGUUGCAUUCUUUGCAGCAUCCCCUCAUUGUCUCUCUGGUGGGCAUCAGCAUUCAUCCACUAUGCUUCGCCCUGGAGCUAGCCCCUCUGGGUAGUCUCAACACUGUGCUGGAAGAGAAGCACAAAUGCAAAAGCUUAGACUACAUGCCUCUUGGUCACAUGCUAACCUUUAAGGUAGCCUAUCAGGUUGCAGCAGGACUGGCGUACCUUCACCGAAAGAACAUCAUCUUCUGUGACCUGAAAUCAGACAACAUCCUGGUGUGGUCUUUGGAUGUGAGGGACCCUGUCAACAUUAAACUGUCUGAUUAUGGAAUCUCUCGGCAAUCCUUCCAUGAAGGGGCACUGGGAGUUGAGGGGACCCCAGGAUACCAGGCUCCUGAGGUCCAACCAGGCAUUGUGUAUGAUGAGAAGGUGGACAUGUUCUCAUAUGGAAUGCUGCUGUAUGAGCUGUUGUCUGGGAGAAGACCAGCACUGGGAAACCACCAGGUUCAGAUAGCUAAGAAGCUCUCCAGAGGCAUUCGGCCAGUCCUGGGUAGUCUGGAGCAGGUCCAGUUCUACAGCCUCCACACCCUAAUGACGGAGUGCUGGGAUACCAAGCCUGAGAAGAGGCCAGAGGCAUCACAGUGUGUGAGACAGAUGGAGGAGCCCAGUUUCCCCUGCCUCAGGUAUUUAUUGUCCUGUGACAUCCAGUCUCAGCUCUUCCUGUCGCAGCUGCAGGGAUACAGCGCUGUGUUCUGGCAUGGAGACAACGAGGACAGAAACUAUAGUGUGGUGAAUGUGGAGAAGGGCCAGGUGGAAGUGAAGAGGAUGUCUUGUCCUGGCAACAAGAUAAGCUGCCAGAUGAAGAUGCGUAACUCUCUAUGGAUGGCUACUGAGGAACAAGAGGUGUUCAUCUACAGUCUGAAGGACAUGUGUCCACUAAGUGAGCCUCAGAAACGGUUGUCCUGUCCAGCUGUUGUCACCUGCUUUUUCCAUGUUCCCGCUGGAGAGCAGAGCCUAGCCAAAGUGUUUGCAGGGAUGUCUGAUGGUCUGGUAGCUGUCUACACCUUGGUGGAUGACCUCCCUCUGGAUGGAGAAACGUACCUGUGUUCACACACCUUAAACAAGACCGUGUUUGGUCUCAAGGACUCUGAUCCAAGGCAGAGACCCUACCCGGUCAGGAGCAUGGCUCUGGUCAGCAGUGGCUCACAGUUAUGGUUCUCCAAUGGUCCCGGCCUGCUGGUUAUUGACACAGCAAGUCUUCAGGCAGUUCGAAGGCUGGAACCAUACAAGGCACCAUCCUCCAUUGUAAGCAUGACAACCAGUUUCAGUCUAUGGGGAGAAGAAGCAGUGUGGACCCUGGACGACCACAGCAACACAGUGCUGCUCUACUACGCUGCUUCUUAUGAGCUGUGUGCCACGUACUGCUGCGGGAACAGAAAUCCCUUACGGGACGUUUUCACCGUGCAGCGUCCUGCAGGGAUGGCCAUGGUGGCAGGUGAUGAUAUUAACACUACGGACCAAAAUGGGAAGCUUGAAUGGUCUAAUGGAGAUGUGACGCUGAUUUUUAGUGAGGAGGCAGGCACUCAAAUAAUCAUGCACCAGGAUUCUGUGACAGAGUACUGCUCCCUAUCAUCUACCUGCUCUCUGGAACCACCAGAAGCAAACUCUUUGAGCACCACAGACUUCAGCUCAUUAAAAGGUAGAGGUUGUAUGCCACUUCCCCUAAACCUGCAGGACUCAGGCAGGCCCCUGGACCAACAGGCAUCCACAAAUACUCAACCACACUCGGCAGAAGUCAUAAACCCUGCAAUACCUGAGCUGCAAGCCUUUAAUCUGCUGCCAGUGAAUGGGACACUGUGGAUCCCCAGGCGUGGAGGUGAUAUGAUAAUCAUUGAAAUCCAGUCAUGUGCAAGUCAGCUCAUGGGGCGUGUCACCGCCGUCCUCAGUCCACCAGGACUGUCGUCUCUGGGGACCCUGGAGGAAGCUGCUCUGGUGGCAAAGGACACAGUCGUAUGUGGCUUCCAGCAGAAGGAAAACAUGGAGUGGUGCCUGGUUGUCUGGAGAGCCUGGGGCGGCAGUAAGCUCAACGUCUUCUACCAGUCCUACGAGGAACUUUACCGCUCCGAGAGCAAUGUGAGAAAAAGAAGGUAACUUUUGUCCUGGAUCAGCUCGAUGAGCAGAAUCACAUCUCGGGGGAGCCGAGGGGGAAUACUCCCUGACCGACUGCAGAGCUCACAGCUGGAGGGACAUCAUACCAGUAAAGCACAGAAAGGAGCCCAGCUGCCAGGCCCCAAUAUACAGCUGAAAGGAAAUAUUUAUAUACAGUGUUUAAAAAGACACAUAAGAUCUUUUCUGACAUUAAAUCAGACCAAACCUUUCUUGUUUAAACUCAGUUGAAAUUACCAAAAUUAUUUCUCUUUGCUAAAUGUCAGAAUAAUAAGAGAGAUAUUUUUGUUGCUUUUUUCAGUUCUAAAGGUUAAAUACAUCGUUGUUACUAUGCCUUUAAACAGUCUGGGAAAGCCCAGAUGAUGUCAUGGCUUUAAAAGCUUCCUAUAGGUUAAUUCAUGAAAUGUGAGUUAAUUAUAGGCACACCUGUAGAUCUACUCUAAGCUAACACCUCAAACGCACUGCUUCCAUGUGAGGUAUCAUGGAGAGGUCAAAAGAAAUCAACAGGAUAACUGUGGACCUCCAUAAGUCUGUUUUUUUCCUGCGUACAAUUUCCAGAUGCCUGAAGGUGCCACAUCUAUCGGUUCAAAGAAUUACAUGCAAGUAUAAACACCAUGGGAAUGUCCCGCCAUCAUAGCAUAUAGGAAUGAAACAGCACAUUAGUUACAAAGUGGCUUAAGGACAGCAAAGUCAAUGUUUUGGAGUGGCCAUCACAGAGCCCUGAUCUCAGACCCAUAGAACUGGCUGUUUGUGGACCGAGCUGAAAAGGUGUGUGAGAGCAAGGCGGCCUGCAAACCUUUUCUAUCAAGCUAUUGUCAGCUUGUUGGAUACCCAAAAAGGUUGUGCCAAAUCAUACAAUUUAAAAUACAAUUCUGCCCAAUACUAAGGAAUAUCUCAUUAAUGGCAUUUAGGAGAUUUAAAUAAUUUUGGUAAUCUAAGCUGAACUGGUGUAGAAAAUGUUUAGUCUUAUUUAGUAUUGAAGGCAAGGAAUAAAACAAUGGGCUGUCUUUUAGUGUUUGGUUGUAAAAAUCUGGUUUAAGCUGAAGAUGUGUCUCUAAACCCAAAGCACACGUUAGAAGCCAUGCAGCAGAAUCCCUCAUAAAGAAGACGAAACUCUGCUGUAACAAGUGACUUUACUUCAGCAAGACACUUUGAUAUGAUCAGCACCCCAUCCCCUCCGGUUCCACUACACUGUUUACUCCCAACAUAUUUCUGUUCUCCAGAACUCCUCCAGACUGAGACAGUGUGGCUCAUGGAGACAUUACUUUAUAGGAACAUUCCUGAAGGACAAGUACUGACUGCUUUGUCUUCGACCACAAUAACUAAGCUUCGUUGAAGGAAAACGCUGCUGCUGAUGGAUGGGUGGAAUGCAGUGACACUGACAUUUACACUCUUGGAACACAAUGGAUCUUUUCCAGAAUCAUAAUGAUCCUAAAUGAUCCCUAUUGAAUCUGCCAGAGAGCCACUGCUCAGAGUCUUUCCUGGAAGUCCUGAAAUCAGCAGACUAAACUCAGUUCUCUGUUCUGCAGGAAAACCGUUUGUUCUGUUUAACAAAGCUUUCCCUCUGUGUCCUCCUAACGUCUGUAAAUCAUCUAAGAUGAUGCUUUUAGGUCCCCACCACACUCUGAAGCAGUACUUUUACUUUUCCCCUGUUGAACUUUUCCUCUCAACAGGUUCCUCAAAGGCCUCAGAGGGGACAGAUGAAGAAUGAAGUGGACAUGCUGCAGAGGACAGAAGAUCCUUGUCCUUUUAUAGCUGUUGGGUAAAAACAGCAGCUAGUUGCUUCCUCUCACAUGCCGUUUGUUUGGCCAGUCUAUAAACAGAUCCAGAGUAGCUCUGCUUCAACGUCCUUGGUAUUUCUCAGUAAAAAGCUGCACAGAUCUACAAGGUUCAGUGUUUGGAGGUGGAAACUGACCACCAGUCUGAGAAUACACCAUUACUAUUAACGAUCGCCGGAUCUGUUAGAACUGACAUAUAUUCUAACUACAUUGAAGCACUUCAUUUUUUCCAAUCCUGUCAGAAGUUUGUAGAAUCAUUGUUAAAAACCAACAUUUGUCCCUCUUGCCUUCUCUGCUGUGCAGGCCGGUGGGGCUGUAGCAUUUCCAAACACUUGAUCUUUGCAGCUGAUAGUUAUUUUGGCUUUUAUCCUGUUUUAAGUAGGUUUUAUUGUGAUGAGGCGGAGUUUAUUCAUUUACUGGAACUGUUUAAUGAUAAAAAGUACAAGUGCCAAACAUUAUUAUUGCAUGGAACUCUGUUAAAUAUAUAUUUUUUUGUAAAUGUUGUUGCAAGUUUUUUUCUCAGACCUGUUUUUUAAUUACUAGAUGCAACAGAGACUUUGCAAAGGUAUUCACACACCUUAUCUUCUUCACAUUUUGUCACGUUGCAAACUACAAACUUUAAUGCAUUUUUAUAGAACUUUUAAGUUGCAGACCAACAAAAAUCUGCAGCUAAUUGGGAAGUUGAAGAUUCACAGUUUGGAAACAGUGGAAUGCUUUUGUAUUCUUUGUAGAACCUGCUGCAGCUGCAGGUCUUUUGGUUUUUUUUUCUCAACCAGGUGACUAAAAUGUUGGCCUAUUCUUCUUUGUAAAAUAACUCAAGUUCAGUCAAAUUGAAAUUUAUAUAAGCGCGUCUAUAAUCAUUCCUUUUCAAGUCUUUGCAACGGAUUCAAUAUUAGAUUUAGGUCUGGACUUUGACUGGGCUAUUUUAACACCUGAAAAUGCUGUGAUCUAAACCACUGCAUUGUAGCUCUGGCUGUAUGUUUAGGGUUGAAUUCCUGCAACCGAUUUUCUUUUAGCAUUGCUUCCACAAUCAUGUUUCACCAAGAUGAUGGUCUAUUGAAAGUGAUGUGCAGUUAGUUGAAAACCAACAUCUCUCCGCUACACAAAAUCCUUUGUGUUUUUCUCUACAAACAGGAUUUUGCAUGUGGGCCAAGACAUUUAAUUUAGGUCUUAUCUGAGCGGAGGACCUUCCAUGUGUUUGCUGCUCCCUCUGUGUGAUUGGUGCGAACAUUAUAUAAGACUUCUUAUGUCUUGGUUUCAACAAAUGCUUUCUACUUGCCACUCCUCCAUUGAGGCCAGAUUUGUGGGGUGGACAUCUAUAGUGCUGUGAAAAACUGUUUGCCCCCUUCCUGAUUUCUUAUUUUUGCAUGUUUGUCACACUUAAGUGUUUCAGAUUGUUAAACAAAUUUAAAAAUAUCAAAGACCACACACCAAACACAAAAUGCAGUUUUUAAAUUAAGCUUUUUAUUAUUAAGGGAGAGAACAAAUCCAAAUCCACAUGACCCUGUGUGAAAAAGUAAAUGCCCUCCCUCUUAAAACAUGACUGUGCUUUAUCACACCUGAGUUCACUUUCUCUAGCUACACCCAGGCCUGAUUACUGCCACACCUGUUCUCAAUCAAUAAAUCACUUAAAUAGGAUCUGCCUGGCAGAGUGAAGUAGACCAAAAGAUCCUCAAUAACUAGACAUCAUGUCGAGAUCCAAAGACAUUCAGGAACAAAUGAGAGAGAAAGUAAUUGAGAUCUAUCAGUCUGGAAAAACCCAUUUCUAAAGCGUUGGGACUCCAGCGACCACAAAUGUCAGAAAACAUGGAACAGUUAUGAACCUUCCCUGGAGUGGCCAGCAGACCAGAUUUACCCCAUGAGUGCAGUAACGACUCAUCCAAGAGGUCACAAAAGACCCCACAACAACAUCCAAACUGCAGGUCUCACUUGCCUCAGUUAAGGUCAGAGUUCCUGUCUCCACCAUAAGAAAGAGGCUGGGUAGAAAUAGCCUGCAUGGCAGAGUUCCAGGACAAAAACCACUGGUGAGCAAAAAGAACAUUAAGGCUCGUCUCAAUUUUUCUAGAAAACAUCUUGAUCCCCAAGACUUCUUGUAAAAUACUCUGUGGACUGGAACGUUUUGAAAGGUGUUUGUCCCAUUACAUCUUGGUGUAAACGUAACACUGCAUUUCAGAAAAAGAGCAUCAUACCAACAGUAAUAUAUGGCGGUGGUGGUGUGAUGAUCUGGAGCUGUUUUUAUUAUAUAUAUAUAAUUAUAUAUAUAAUUAAUGUAUAUAAUAAAUAUAUAUAUAUAUAUUGCAAGUCUAAUCUGUUCCAGUUAUUUUACUAUUGUUUUUAAUGCAGUUCGUUUCAGAUUCUUCAGUGUUCCGCUGUUUCAGUUGGAUCAGCGCAUGUUUGAAAAGGAAUCAGUUCAUGUUUCUAAAGUAUCCGGGCAAUAACAAAAUUAUUAUAUUUCAAUUUGAUUUUUCAGUGUCCUGAUUCAUAUCACAUUACAUCAUAAUAAAGAUAACUCAGAGCAACUGGGGAAGAGAAAAGGCUAGAUGAAUUCAAGUUCAAUCUAAUGACUUAGCCCUUCACUAUAAAUAUUUAUUAUGGUUUAAUAUUUAGAACUGUCAGAAAGGACUUUAGCUGAGGGGACCAAUAUAACACAGUUUCAUAGUUGAGGAGUUACAGUGCUUGGAUAUACAUUUGAAAUCAGAUGUAUAAAUACACUGUAACACAGACACAAACAGUUUUUUUCUCACUGUGACAUUAAAUCAGACUAAACAUUUCCUUCAUGUCAGUUAGGAUUAACAAACUCAUUUAUUUUUGCUAAAUGCCGCAAAUACUUACAUACUUAUACUAGUAUUUGUUAGAUCUGCAUUUUAAACUGUAUGACUUGUGUGAAACAUUUUGAAUUAAACUUCUACAAGCGUCUUAUAAUAGUUGGAAUUUUGGCCCAUUCCUCCUGACAGAACUGUCAUGUUUGUAGUCCACCUUGUUCACACACACAUUUUCAGUUCAGGGCAUUCUGAUGUCCACUCAACAUUAACUCUAUUGCCCUUAAGACACUUUGUAACUAAUUCCAUGGUGUUCUUAUGGUCCAUUUGUAAGGCCCUUUGUGCCCAUGCUGGCUGUUCUCUUGAGAAGUUUAUUUAAUAUUUUCACGUAAUGUUCUUUUUCUCAUAAUGCCAUUUAAUAAAUUGCACCAUUCCUUCCUGCACCCACACAUGAUUCUGCUACCACCAUUCUUCAUAGUUAAGAUGGUGAUCCCAUGCUUCUAAACUUUCCCUCUUUUUCAUUCAGUUAUGAUCAUUAUGGCCCAAUACUUGGAUUGUGCUGUCAUCAGACUACAGAAAAUGUUUCCAGUUAUGCCUCUACUUACAUUUGCAUUUAGUAAUCUGGCUUUUUAUGUUGCUUUUAGAGUAAUGGCUUCUUCCUAGUAAAGAAAGAGAAACGCAAAGAUAAAUACUUUGCUAAUCCUGACUCAUCUGAAACAGUCAAAGUUUUGUCUGAUUUAAUGUCAUCAGGGUCAUGACAUUGAUGAAAAAUGAUUAUGUGUCUUUUUAUAUAUACAUUGUUAAUGUAAAUAUCUGGUUUCAGCUGUAAAUAUGAGCCACUGCAACACCGCGUAUGUUGGAUUGUAGGAACAGCUAAGAGGGAAAGUUGCAUGCUUUCAGCUUUGGACUAAUUAGCAAAUUGACUAUAACUAAAACAUUGUCUUAUACUGAAGGUUUAGCUUAAUAAAAAUUGUUUCUUGUAAACGAUAAAAAAGCAAUUUUGUUGUUUAAAGUGUAUUUAUAUGUGAGCGCAAACAAAACCAGAGUGUGAAUGUAAACUGUGUUAAUAAUGUGUAGAAUUUCUCACAGCAAACAAAGAUUCUAUCUACCCACUAAAAUAUCUGUACUUUAUUGUACUGGUUUUUGAUUUUCAAGAAUGAGCCAGAAAAAAACAUUUCUUCCUGUUUACCAUCUGGUUCAGCUGGAAACAAGACCAUCCUGUUGGUUCCAAGACUCUGCAGUGGGUGUGGUGCCUCUGCAAAUAUCAUGAAUGAUGUUCUUGUCAUCUUUAAACAGUUAACUCUGUAUUUGACUGAUAUGAAUAAAUCGUACUGAACGCUCUGA